CCCAAACUCACGUUUUAUUCCUUUAAACUUAAAAGUGGUCUUAUUUUCUUGUUUGGGUUUUUUCUCCAAAAUCAAUUCUACUCUCCUAGAAGCAAUUCCAAUAGAAGCUACAAUUCCUAGCUUUUGAGUAUUAUGACUACAAAGAGAAAAAUUCAUGUUGAUGAAAUUCAAAGAUAUAAAGCUAGUUGGACGGAUCUUAAAGUUAACGAAAUAUUCAUUCAAGCAUGUAUGGAUCAAGUUACGAAAGGUGAGCGCAUUGGAACUAGCUUUACCAAGACGGGUUGGAAAAGCAUUGUUUCUCAAUUUAAUGGAUCAUCCGGGAGAAAUUAUGACAAGACAAAAUUGAAGAAUAGAUAUGAUAGCUUGAGAAAGGAAUGGAGAGCAUGGUUUAAUUUAUUUGGAAAAGUUACCGGAAUGGGGUGGGAUAGUGAGAAGAAUUCAUUUGAUGCACCGGACGAGUGGUGGGAGAAAAAACAAUUGGAAAAUCCUCUAUAUGGAAAAUUUAGAGAGAAAGGACUUCCAUUUGCUAAUCAACUAACCACACUUUUCAAGGAUGUGGUGGCUAAUGGUGAGUAUGCUUGGGCACCUUCAAGUGGUAUAUUGCCCGAUGAGGAUUGUGGUAACGAUGUUGAUGACUUAGUUGUUAUGAGAUGUUAUGAGAUGUUUCGAAUGGAAAAACAUAUUUUUAAUUUGAUAUGCACUAAACUAGUUGAGCAUGGUUUAAAGUCUUCUAAAAGAAUGGGAGUUGAAGAAAUGGUUGCAAUGUUUUUAGUUGUUGUUGGACAUGGGGUAGGUAAUAGAAUGAUUCAAGAAAGGUUUCAACACUCAGGGGAGACUGUUACUAGACAUUUUCAUCGGGUACUUCGUGCUUGUCUUAAGUUGUCUAUGAAAUAUAUUAAACCUGAAGAUCCUACAUUUCAUGAUUGUCAUUCAAAAAUAAAAAAUGAUCAACGUUAUUGGCCUUUUUUCAAGAAUGCUAUAGGAGCAAUUGAUGGUACUCAUGUGUCAUGUGUAAUUAAUGCCAACGAGCAAACCAGGUAUAUUGGAAGAAAGGGAUAUCCUACACAAAAUAUAAUGGUUGUAUGUGAUUGGAAUAUGUGUUUCACUUUUGUAUUAGCCGGUUGGGAAGGUACUGCCCAUGAUGCACGUGUUUUUGACCAAGCUCUCACAAAUGUGAACCUUAAUUUUCCACACCCUCCUCCUGGUAAGUAUUAUUUGGUAGAUUCUGGCUAUCCAACACCAAUAGGAUACAUUGGUCCCUACAGAUGUGAACGUUAUCACCUUCCUGAUUUUAGGCGUUCUAACGGGUUCGCAAAUAAUAAUGAAGUAUUUAAUUAUUAUCACUCAAGUUUAAGGUGCACAAUAGAAAGAACUUUUGGAGUAUGGAAGAACAGAUUUGCAAUUUUGCGUUGUAUGCCCAAGUUCAAAUUUCAGACGCAGGUUCAAAUAGUCGUCGCAACAAUGACCAUUCACAACUUUAUUAGAAGGAAUGCAGAAAUUGAUGUUGAUUUUAAUCUUUAUGAAGAUGAAAAUACAACCAUUCACCAUGAUGAUUACCAUAUAUCGCCUAACUUAGAUCAAUCACAAGUUUUAAAUGUCGCUUCAUCAUUAGAGAUGGAUCACGUUCGCGACUCAAUUCGCAAUAAAAUUAUAGAGUACAAGUUAAAAACUUAA